AACAAUUAACGUACAAUUUCAUUACCGUGUUUCAGUAUUUUAAAUUACAGUUCGUAAUCUCAAAGUGGUUGAGAAAAUCGUCUAUUUAUAAGAUAGCGAAAAACAUUUUACGAAAUUUUAUCAUUAUCGCAAUAUGUAUUUGAUUGUGCUCGGUUCUUUGUUAGUGUCGACUCUGGCUGUGCCCAGCCCUCAAGAGCUGAGUAUUAAACAGAUGAUAGAUUCGGAGAAGAAAUGCUUGGCCAAUUAUCCUCCCGAGCUUAAAGCAUUGUUGAAGGAAGUUAAAAUGAAAAGAGCUUAUCCGGAGAAUCCCUCUAAUGAUUUUAAGUGUUUCAUGGAUUGUAUGGGCAGAGAGCUUGGCAUUUUCGACGAUCAGGGCAACUAUCACUUUGAAAAGCUCAAAGCUUUCACUGGAAUGGUAGCAUCGGACUCAUCGGUAACUGCUGACGAAAUUCAUCAAGCCGUUGAAGCAUGUAUUAAAGUUGAUCACGAACUAACUUGCGAAAAAGCUCACCUCUAUAUCACCUGCAAACAAGAUAAACUGGGACACGCUAAAUUAUCCGACGAAAUGGAAGCGGCCUUGAAUAACCAUUAAUAAAUAUAUAUAUUUUUUUUAAUCCUGGGAAGAACUAUUUGAUUACACGUGUGUCGAGAGUAUUUUUUUAUUUUUGUCGAGCUAUUAUCUUAUAUGAGUUUCAAAUUGCAUUUCCAUACUUAAAUGUUCAUCACGCGAGCUAUAUCAAAUUUGGAGACUGAGAAAUAUUUUUAUCUGCGGAUAAAACGUACCUACCUAUGCAUUCAAGAGGUUUUAUCAUUUUUUAUGUUCGAGUAUUAAAUAAAAAUAAAUAUUUUGAAACUUUAA